CCGGCACUGGAUCUGAGCUCAGAGCAGGAGCAGCGAGCGGCUCUGAGCCAGAAGCCAGGUCUGAGCUCAUUCCUGCAGGACUGUUCUCUGUUCUCGCUGGGGCUCAGGCACAGGAGCCCAGCCGGGAGCCGCCCGGACCGGGACCAGGACCAGGACUAGAACCAGAACCAGGACCAGGACCAGAACCAGGACCAGGACCAGAACCAGAACCAAGCAGGGACCAGGACCAAGACCCGGACCAGGACCUAGACCAGACCCGGACCAGACCCGAACCCAGAGUAGGACCAGAACCAGGCCCAGGCCAGGACCUGGGCCAUGGCCAGCUCGGCGCUGCAGUGGCUGGGCCUGCUGCUGGGCGGGGCGGGCGCGGUGGGCACGGUGGCGGUGACCAUCAUGCCGCAGUGGAAGGUGUCCGCCUUCAUCGGCAGCAACAUCGUGGUGUUCGAGACGCUGUGGGAGGGGCUGUGGAUGAGCUGCCGCAGCCACGCGGGCCUGCGGCUGCAGUGCAAGGUGUACGACUCGCUGCUGGCGCUGCCCGCCGACCUGCAGGCGGCCCGCGGGCUGCUGUGUGCGGCCUGCGUCCUGGCCGCCCUGGCCUCGCUGGCCGCCGCCCUCGGCAUGCGCUGCUCCCGCUGCGCCGCGGCCGAGGCCAAGGCCCGGGGCGCCACGCUGCUGGCCGCCGGCGUGCUGUUCGUGGUGGUGGGCGUGGCGGUGCUGGCGCCCGUGAGCUGGGUGGCCGCCGCCAUCGUGCGGGACUUCCACGACCCCACGCUGGACGAUGGCCGCAAGCGGGAGCUGGGCGAGGCGCUGUACCUGGGCUGGGCGUCCGCCCUGCUGCUCGUGGCCGGGGGCGCCGUGCUGGCCUGCGUGGCCCACGGCCCCGCGGAGGCCGGGGGCCCCCGGUACCACCUGCCCGCCCGCCGCGCCGCCCCCCGGAGCUGGGCCUCCGAGAGGAAGCCUCCGGGCAGCCUGCCCUCCCGCAGCCAGUACGUGUAG